UGGAUUUUAUGUCAGGAUUUUCUCCCACCAUCGGGACUAUAACAUAUGCUUGCCUUCAGAUUGUGGUCACAGGUGGAGCAGCCCUCAUAGAUAAAGCUGGCAGGAAGCCCCUACAUCUGAUAUCUGGAUCGGGAUUGGUCGCAGGAUGUGUAUUUGCAGCAGUUGCAUUCUAUCUCAAGGUUCACGAGGUGGGUGCUGCAGCAGUCCCAGCACUUGCCGUAACAGGCAUACUGGUUUACAUAGGAGCAUUUUCAAUUGGAAUGGAAGCAAUUCCAUGGGUUGUGAUGUCUGAGAUAUUUCCGGUCAAUAUUAAAGGGAUAGCAGGAAGUGUGGCCACAUUAACGAACUGGGUUGGUGCAUGGUUAUGUUCCUAUACUUUCAACUUCCUCAGGAGCUGGAGCUCCUAUGGUAAAUAAACACAAGUCACGUUUUUCUGUUUUAUUUCAAUUAAAGGUGUUAACAACCUGGGAUUAACCGUAGAAGAUUGAAGUUAAGGAAACCUGUAGAACUAGUAAAUUCACUUGUGUGUACAAUUUGCGGGUACCUUCAUUCUUUAUGCAGCAAUAAAUGCACCGGGUAUAUUAUUUAUAAUCGUUGCUGUGCCAGAAACCAAGGGGAAAAGCUUGGAACAAUUACAAGCGGCCAUUAACGCAUAGGAAGCAGGAGUUUGGUGAUUUGUUGAACAGUGUACGGUGGAGAAAGAAAAAGGAAAAACCGACGCUGUUUGAUGAUUGAAUCAUCACUAGCCAUAUUAUUUGUCGUAGUUUUGCUUUUAUUUUGAUAAUUGGAUUUGUUCUCAAGGUUUACAAU